AUGCGACAUUUUCUACUUCUUUUCUGCUCACAAAGAAUCCAACAAAGCUUUGGUUCAUUGAUGCACCGCUUGUUCUUUGUUCAACAAUGUCGGAAAUACUGUCACAAAUACACCAUUACAUCAAAUUCUCAGAUUUCUCAAUUUGCUCGUUUGGGCCAAAUUCAGAAUUCCCGGAAGGUGUUCGAUGAAAUGCCCAACAGAACUGUAACUUCUUGGAACUCAAUAAUCGCUGGGUAUUUCCAAAAUCAACAACCCCAUGAAGCACAGCGUCUUUUUGAUCAAAUGAGUGAACGGAACAUUGUUCUUUGGAAUGGGUUAAUCUCAGGCUAUGUAAAGAAUAAGAUGGUGAAGGAAGCACGAAAGGUGUUUGACAGAAUGCCGGAAAGAAAUGUAAUUUCUUGGACUGCUAUGGUUAGAGGGUAUGUUGAGGAGGGGUUGGUGGAGGAAGCGGAAGCAUUGUUUUGGCGAAUGCCGGAAAAGAAUGUAGUGUCAUGGACUGUGAUGUUAGGUGGGUUGAUUCUAGAAAGGAGAAUUGAUGAGGCUAGACGGCUUUAUGAUAUGAUGCCAUUGAAGGAUAUAGUUGUGAGGACUAAUAUGAUUUGUGGGUAUUGUCAGGAUAUAGUUGUGAGGACUAAUAUGUUAGGUGGGUUGGAUGAGGCUCGCGGUCUCUUUGAUGAAAUGCCGCGAAAGAAUGUGGUUUCUUGGACUGCAAUGGUGUCAGGAUAUGCCCAAAAUGGUAACCUGGAUAUUGCUAGAAAACUUUUUGAAUUCAUGCCUGAGAAGAAUGAGACAUCAUGGACUGCAAUUGUGAUAAGUUAUGUGCAAUAUGGUAGAUUUGAAGAGGCGUGGAAGCUUUUUGAGCUGAUGCCUGUUAGAACAACUCCUGUUUGCAAUGCCAUAAUAUUUGGAGUAGGACAGAAUGGAGAGGUUGCUUAGGCUAGGAUGGUGUUUGAUCGUUUGAUGGAGAAAGAUGAUGCAACAUGGAGUGCAAUGAUCAAGGUUUACGAAAGGAAAGGAUAUGAGUUAGAGGCGCUGGAUUUAUUUCAUCGAAUGCAAGUAGAAGGGUUUAGGCCAAAUUUCCCUUUGUUGAUAAGCAUACUUUCAAUUUGUGCUAGUCUUGCAAGUCUUAAUUAUGGUAGAGAGGUACAUGCACAGUUAAUCAGAACCGACUGUGAUGAUGACGUGUAUGUCUCUUCUGUAUUAAUCACGAUGUACAUCAAAUGCGGUACUUUUGUCAUGGCCAAAUUAAUAUUUGAUAGAUUUUCUCCUAAAGAUGUGGUCAUGUGGAAUUCUAUCAUAACAGGUUAUGCUCAACAUGGAUUAGGAGACGAAGCUCUUGAAAUAUUCAGAGAAAUGUGUUCCUUAGGUAUUACCGCAGACGAGGUUACCUUUGUUGGAGUUUUAUCUGCAUGCAGCUACACUGGGAAAGUGAAAGAAGGGCAAGAGAUCUUUGAGUCCAUGAAUUCAAAGUAUCAGAUUGAACGAGGGACUGCACAUUAUGCUUGCAUGGUUGACAUGCUUAGUCGAGUUGGCCGGUUGAAUGAGGCGAUGGAUCUGAUCAACAAUAUGACUGUAGAAACAGAUGCAAUUAUUUGGGGUUCUUUGAUGGGUGCAUGUAGGAUGCAUAUGAACCUAGAUUUGGCAGAAGUUGCUUCAAAGAAACUUAUACAGCUUGAACCCGAAAAUUCUGGGCCCUAUGUCCUACUUUCUAAUAUUUAUGCAUCCAAAGGUAAGUGGACUGAUGUUGCUUCACUUAGGAAGUUGAUGCAGUCUAGGGAAGUGGUUAAAUCACCUGGUUGUAGUUGGCUUGAGGCAGACAAAAAAGUGCAUAUGUUCUCUGGUGGACAGAGCACACCCCAUCCUGAGAAUGAUUCAAUUAUCAAAAUGUUAGAAAGGUUAGGCCCUAUGUUAAGAGAAUCUGGAUAUAUUCCUGAUGGAAGCUUUGCUUUGCAUGAUGUGGAGGAAGAAGAAAAGUUGCAUAGCUUGAAUUAUCACAGUGAGAAACUAGCUGUGGCUUAUGGACUUGUUAAAUUGCCUGAAGGUGUGCCUAUAAGAGUAAUGAAAAAUCUCCGGGUUUGUGGUGAUUGUCAUUCUGCUAUUAAAUUAAUUGCUAAAGUCAUAGGACGAGAGAUAAUUUUAAGAGAUGCCAACAGAUUUCACCAUUUUAAGGAUGGACUAUGUUCUUGCAACGAUUAUUGGUGA